AUGGAGGGUUACAUGGAUCAAAGCAAGGGCUUGAAUCACAAAGCUCCUAUCGAGGCUGGGAAGAGGAACGGUCUAAUCAACACCAAAGACUUGGCAGCAGACAGCAAGGACGGGCUGGUAUCUCUCUAUUCAGCUCCUCAAUACCAGGGACACACACUGGGGAGUUUCCCACCUCAGAACUACAUAGAGAGGAGCAGGAAUGAUUCCGGCCAGCAACAGGUCCUCAACCCCAGUACCCUGCAACAUGCAGUUGAGGCCCAAUACCGACCUAAUAUCAUUUUGUACUCCGAGAGCAUCCUGAGACCCUGGAGUGAAAACAACAGUUCGGACUGCUGUGAAACAACUUUCAUUGAAAGCAGGUCCCCCACAAAGGAUGGCCUGGAGUAUGGAGACAGCCAAUUUAUAGACCUGUCAGCUGAUGAUAGCAAAGUCCAAACCCUGUCUUAUGAUGUGGAAGAUGAUGAUGACUUCCAAGAGCUGGAGAGUGAUUACUCAAGUGAGACAGAAAGUGAGGACAAUUUCCUAAUGAUACCACCUAGGGACCAUCUGGGCCUCAGUGUUUUCUCCAUGCUCUGCUGCUUCUGGCCUUUGGGAAUCGCUGCCUUCUAUCUUUCACAUGAAACCAACAAGGGUGUGGCGAAGGGAGACUACCACCAUGCGAGCUCCAGCUCCAGGCGGGCCCUGUUCUUGGCCGUGCUCUCCAUCACCAUUGGAACUGGCAUUUACGUGGGUGUUGCUGUGGCACUGAUAGCCUACCUGUCCAAGAACAACCAUUUGUAG